GUGGACGGAGCAUAUACCUAUGUCUCCCAUGGAAGGUUGCCCCACUGUGUUUCAAGUUAUAUGCAGCUUGUCUCCAGGAUAUCAUCAGUAUAAGUUUUAUGUCGAUGGGGAGUGGCGGUAUGAUGAACACCAGCCAUGUGUAAGAGGGAAUUAUGAUGUAGUUAAUUCUGUAUUAAUAACUAGGGAACCAUCCAGCAUGGACAUAGAUGAUGGUUUUAAUCAUCCUCAGGAAAUGGUUACACCAGCAAGUAUUUCUGUGGCUGAUAUAGAUGUCUCUCGUCAUCGCAUAUCUACAUUCUUGUCUACACAUACUGCAUAUGAAUUGCUUCCGGAGUCAGGCAAGGUCAUUGCCUUAGAUGUUAAUUUACCUGUGAAGCAGGCAUUUCACAUUCUCCAUGAACAGGGAAUCCCUGUUGCUCCACUCUGGGACUUUUGCAAGGGCCAGUUUGUUGGAAUUCUUAGCGCAUUGGACUUUAUCCUUAUUCUAAGAGAGCUGGGGAAUCAUGGUUCAAAUUUGACAGAGGAAGAGUUGGAGACUCACACAAUAUCUGCUUGGAAGGAGGGAAAGAUGCACCUCAGUAGACAAAUGGAUGGCAAUGCAAGAUCAUAUCCUAGACAUCUUAUUCAUGCGGGGCCUUAUGAUAGUUUGAAAGACGUUGCUAUAAAAAUUUUGCAAAGCAAGGUGGCCACAGUUCCCAUUAUCCAUUCUUCUUCACAGGAUGGUUCAUUUCCGCAGAUACUUCAUCUAGCUACAUUAUCUGGAAUACUAAAAUGUAUAUGCAGGAAUUUUAAACAUUCUUCUAGUUCCUUGCCUGUUCUUCAGCAACCAAUAUAUUCAAUUCGCGUAGGUACAUGGGUUCAAGAAAUUGCAGAAGUUAACGGACAGCCUUCGACAAUGAAACGGCCUUUUGCCAUGUUAAAUAAAAAUGCCUCUCUUGGUGACGCCCUAUCAUUGUUAGUUCAAGCUGAAGUAAGUUCAAUACCAAUAGUGGAUGAGAAUUACUCAUUGGUCGACAUAUACUCAAGAAGUGAUAUAACUGCUUUGGCCAAAGAUAAAGCUUACGCACAGAUUCAUCUUGAUCAAUUGAGUAUUCUUCAGGCGUUACAACUGGGACAAGAUGCAAAUCAUACUUAUGGCUUCUUGAAUGGACAGAGAUGUCACAUGUGUCUAAGAUCUGAUCCUUUGCACAAAGUGAUGGAGCAAUUGGCAAAUCCUGGGGUUAGGAGGCUUGUGAUUGUGGAGGCUGGCAGCAAGCGCGUAGAAGGGAUUAUUUCAUUGAGUGACGUAUUCAGGUUCUUGCUUGGUGUUUAGCGGGAUUAUUAAGCCACCAGGGGCACAAAUAGAUUGCCAAGGUGACGAUGAGUAAGGAAGAACCCAUUUGUUUUAUUGACUGUUUUUGUGUCUGAUGCUUCAUCCCCCUUCUUGAGAUUGGAUCAGCUUCACGCUUCAUGCUUCCUAGCCAUCUGCUUCUCUUUUUUAGGACAAAUUUCGAAGAGCAAGAAAAAGGAAAAAUAUUUGUAAAUUGAGGACCCAUUUUCUUCUUUUUUUUCAAAUAUCGUUAUUACCAUCAACCACGCUGCUGGAGCAGCUCUCUCCUUUAUUAUUAUUAUGCAUCUAACAGAAAAAACAUAAAAAACACAAAAGGAAAAAAAAAAAAAAAAGGAA